AGCGAUGAUGUCAUGGCAGUAGCCAAGUUCAACACCAUGAAAUUGCGCCAUCCAUCCCACUUUGGCAUGCCAUCCAUGGUUACCUAGAAACCGUUCUCAAAUGGUAUAUGACCAAUCCUUUACAUCCAUCAAGACGGAUCUGAUAUAUCUCACCUUCUUCACAACACCACCUUCGCCCUCAACAAGUCAAGAACAACACCAAAACAACCAUGAAUCGAUUCACCACCCGCUCCGCGUCCAACAUGUCCAUGCUCGCCUCGGCAUUCCGCAGGCCAGCAGGCGCAGUAACCCUACGAGCAGCCGCAGCCCCCUUCCCACUCCGACCCUACAGCAACGGCAAGUCGUCCGCCCCCAAAUCCGCCGAGGAGGCCAGCGCAGCCAGCGGCGGAUCCCGGAGCAAGGAAGCCGUCGAGACCGGCUCCAGCCCGACGGGCGGCCCCAUCCCAGACGGUCUGGCCCAGGGCGACGCCCGCGGCCGGACGGGAGGCGGGCCCGCGCUUGACAGCUCUGUCCACCCGCCGGCCCAGCCCAGGAUCAGCAAUGCUAGCGUGCCGGGCGAGCGCCCUGAUCUGAGUGCGGAGCAGCAGGCUGAGGUGGAUGAGCAUAAUCGGGACUUUGAGAAUAAGCAUGGCAAGGCGGAGCCGGCGGCCGAUGAUAAGGUGGAUAAGAGCUUUUGGAGUGGGAAGGGGUCGAGGUAUAAUAAGGGGUAGGAGCGGAGGAGAGUGUUGCGGGGGAAGUUGGAUGGUUGAGGGCGCUUGUUCGGUUCAUGGGGCUAGCACCAUGACUGCUGGCCGUUGUAUUAUUAUCAGCUAGACGUGGAAGUCUCAGGCCGCUGUGCUGUAUUGGCAAUGCCUAUGCCUGGAAACGCUAGUGCGUGUCAAGUUACCUACGGGUAUGUUAGUUGGUGGUUUUGACGGCGAUGGUUUUCCUUAGUGAUGAUUCUAACCAGCAACGCUCGCCACGGCAGCAGUAGCUUCGAUAAAUAGGUAGGUAUACACUAGCAUCCAUCCUUUGUACUAUCCACAAGUUUCAAUUUAUUGAGCCAUCAGAAUCACAUUUGUUAUCCUCCUGGUUCGUCCGCCGAGGCUGGUUAAGAUACACCAGUACAACUGGCCAGUUAUAAGUGAAGACCGUUUGGCAUUGCUUUUCAUGUCGUAGACGCUC